AUGACGGGCAUCUCUCUCACCGCCGGCUUCGCCAACGGCGCGCUCGCCAAGCAGGGUCUCAGGGUCGCCAAUCGUGCGAUCCACCGCCGCACUCCCGCCGCGAUCGUCGCGUCGACCGCCAACAACGGCACCGGCGACGACUCGUCCCUCAUCGGCGGGUCCGCCAGCUUCAGCACCUCCUCCUCCGCGGGCGCCCCCAAGUCCUCCGUGGCCGCCAGGCUCCUCGCGCAGUCCGCCGCGAAGACCGUCGCGACCAAGGGAUCAUCCACCAAGGCCGCGGCCAAGAAGCCCGCCGUCAAGGCCAAGGCCUCCGCGGAGCCCAAGGCGUCCAAGGCGGACGACCCCAAGCCCGCCAUGACCCCGGAGGAGAUCGCGGUGAGGGACGCCAAGAAGAAGGCCCUGGACCGCGUGCUCGGCGAGAUCGACGCCAACUUCGGCAAGGGGUCCAUCAUGAAGCUCGGCGAGGCGUCGCAGGCCAAGGUGGCCACCUUCCCCUCCGGCGCGAUGACCCUCGACAUCGCGCUCGGCGGCGGCAUGCCCCGCGGACGCAUCGUCGAGGUGUACGGCCCCGAGUCAUCCGGCAAGACGACUCUCGCGCUGCACGCCAUGGCGGAGAUGCAGAAACUCGGCGGGACCGUCGCGCUCAUCGACGCGGAGCACGCGUUCGAUCCGGAGUACUCCCAGCGCCUCGGACUGGACGUCGACGACGUCGUGGUGUGCCAGCCCGAGACUGGGGAGAUGGCACUCGAGGUUGUGGACACCCUGGUCAGGUCGUCCGCCGUCGAUCUCAUCGUCGUGGACUCCGUCGCGGCGCUCGUGCCGCGGUCGGAGAUCGAGGGCGAGAUUGGUAUGGUUCAGGUGGGCGCUCACGCCAGGCUCAUGUCCCAGGCGCUCCGCAAGAUCAACGUCAACGCCGCCAAGGCGGGCGUGACGAUCAUCUUCCUCAACCAGCUCCGCAGCAAAGUCGGCGUCAUCUACGGCAACCCCGAGAUCACCACCGGCGGCAACGCGCUCAAGUUCUACGCGUCCGUGAGGCUCGACAUCCGCCGCAAGGAGGUCAUCCGCGGCAAAGCCGGCGCCGACGACGAGGGCGUCCGCGUCAAGGUGAAGGUGGCCAAGAACAAGAUCGCGCCCCCGUACAAGACGGCGGAAUUCGACAUGCUGUUCGGCCGCGGCAUCUCCCGCGACGGAUGCAUGCUCGACGCCGCGGACGAGCUCGGGGUGAUCACUAGGCGCGGCGCGUGGUACUCCUACGGCGAGGAGCGCCUCGGCCAGGGACGGGAGAAGGCUGCGGAGUUCCUCGACGCCAACCCCGAGAUCAAGAAGCAGGUCGAGGAAGACGUCCGCAGGGUCGUCGCCGAGAGGCUCGCGGGGGCGUACGGGGCGAAGCCCAACUCGCCGUCCGCCGCGAGGGCCGAGCCGGUGCUCGGCGCGUUCGCGGGGUCCAGGACCAGCGAGCUGUUCAACGAAGACGCCGGGGAUGAUGACCUCAGGGAGGGCUUGGAGGGCAUCGUGGACUUUGACGAGGACGACGUCGCCGCGCGCUGAUACGAUCCUUCUGCCGUGGGGGAAUGUUUUUAACUAUCAUCACGUGAUGAAGGAGUUGAUGAACGAGAGGCGCGUCGCGGAGGGUCGAAUGGGGAGUCGCGUCGACUUUCGAGACUGAUGAGACGUCGUAGAGGGUCCUGGCGCUGGCCCCGAAAUACCUGAAUUUUGCUGUAGAUAACACUGAUCGCACCUGACAUAACUGCAUAAUGCCACCACUGCAGUCCGUCAGCG